AUGAACAAAAGAAAAACUUUAGCGGAUAAAAGCAGCAUACAGAAAGCACCGUCCAGACGGCCAAGCGUUAGUAAUUUGCAACAAAAGCCUCUUAAACCUGAGAAAUUAGCAUCAACGCACGACCUCGUCGAUCCUAGUGAUUCUUCGAAAAUAACUAACAAAGCCGCGGACGUUUCUUUGCCAAAGAUCAGAUUUAACUCUCAAGACAGAUGCAAAGAACCCAGAUCGUGUUCCUCGCCGAGACUGAAAUAUUUCCCUUCGGAGAAAAUUAAAAAGUUGGAGAGUCCUCCGUCUUUUUCGCCCAAACCGAUGGCUGCAUUGAUCGGGCAACAGGAUCCUCGACAAGCCGGAAUUUUGUAUACGGCUGGACAUCCUGAGCAAUAUCGUGACGCUGGUCAAGGUGAUGCUGUCCAACAUCUACAAUCGCAAGGCGUGCAGAACGCGAGUCAGCAACAGGUUGUGCCUCAGCAAGCGAUCCAUCAGAUCGGUCAGAUGAAUCCGCACUCGGAAAGCAUGCUGCCUCAACAAGUUUCAAACGUCCAGUCCCAUCGUCCUUUCGUGCCUCACGGUUCGCAUGACUAUUUUCCUCAGAGGAACUCUCACGUAGCUUCCUCUAAUCCGACUCAAGGUCCAAUGACACCUCAACCAUACAUGCAGCAAGUGACAAACGUUUCGGUGGUGGAUCAGAGGAAAGUAAAGAGCGAGGAUCUGAUAGGCACCAACGAUCUCGAUUACGAGAAACAACCGAUAGGAGGUCGAAACGCGGCAGUCUACAGACGAACGAUGAUGAGCAAACAGCAAGCGCAGCCCAACUCGCAGCUUAUCGCGUUAAGUCCGCCUAACGUUAAUCAGCAGAACGUUUACAGUCAGUGUUCGUCGCACGGUCACGUUCCGCUGUACAGGAAUCUUCAGAAUCCUCAGCAGAUUUACCAGUACCAGCAGCUGCAGCAGAACAUGGCGCAGCAGCAACAGAUGCAGCAAAAGGCUUAUCAGAUGCAGAUGAUGGGAAAUCAACAGCAGAUGGCCGGUUACUUUCCUAGCCAGGGGAUGACCUCCCCUCAGGAUGUAACGGCAAGUCAAAUGAGAAAUACGCGAAUGCUUGGACCGAGUCAACCGAAUUACGCGACGAAUCACAGGGAUUUGAAUUACACGAUGAAUCCACAGAACAGAUGGACGAUGAACGGUCAGGUGGCCGAUCAUUCAAGUAUCAAGGCGCAACUGAAUCCUUACAACGUCGACGUGGUGAAUGGCAACCAGACACUCUACAGACCGCAGAAUCAACAGCAGCAAUUGCUGCCACAGUAUCAGCAACAGCCUGUGCAUCAGCAUCAGAUGUACAGGAAUCCUGUACAGAGACAACAGAAUCUGAAUGCUCACAAUCAGCAGAUGAACAUGAAUUUCAGUCAGCAAAUGGUUCCCUUUCAGCAGUUCAAUCCUCAACAGCCGCAAGACAAACAACCGGAUGUUCAAACUCAGAGGAGGAAGCCUUUGAAGUUCACUAUCGGUAUGAUCCGCGAUCAAGAUAAACUGUUGGCAACGAUGAAGCAACAAGGUGUACCCAUGGAUAUUAUGCGCAGACAAUUCGAGAUACUGUUGAACGAGCAGCGAAAGCACUUGGAGUAUCUGGAGCUUCUGCGGCAACAGGAAGAAUCGCCGGCAGUAACGAAGACCGUGGCCACGAAUCGGAAGAGAAAGGAGCAGGACGAGAAACCUGAGUGGAUGAUUCAUUUGACCCCUCCGAGGUUGUCUUACGUGGAAAUCGAGAAAACGUACGAGCAACGGAAGAAGCAGCGGGAAAUGGAGAUGAUCCAACAGCAGCAACAAAAUGAACAGAUGGCGAGCCAAGUGUCUGGUCAGCAAAUUCCCGUUCAAGUUACGAACCAACAGAACUAUCAACACUGGCAACAGGCUAAUUGGCAGCAACAACAGAGGCCUCUACAGAACUAUAAUCACAUGUACUCUCAAGCUCAUGCGAUACCAAGAUUUGGCAAUAUGAACGAACUGAUGAAGAUCAACGCGAACAACUCGCAAAGCGUGCAACAAUACGUUCAUCAACAGCCUCAUCAGCAGUACUACAAUCCACAGAUUAUGCAACAGUAUCAGCAGUUUUAUCAGGCUGUUCCUCAGCAAAAUCAGGAACAGGUUCAGUCCUCCAAUCAAUUUCCGAAAUACGAUGACAACAGAUCGUCUACGGAGCCGUCUAGUCUGUUAAAAAUGCGUCGGUACAAGAAAGAGAUCCGGCCGCAGAAGCUGCAGAACGGAUUGCAGGACCCGGAAGCGGCGAAGAGGAUGCUGGAGACCGAUGCAGUGUCGUCGGAGAUCAGGAAGAGGCUACAAUACCUGGUGAAUCUCGCUCCCAAAAAGCCUGUAGUAAGGCUGAAUGGAAUGCAAGACUUCAGCGAGGCAGAGGCAGAGUUUCAGAAUCGUUUGAUAACGUCUACUUUGCCGUCGGCUGUCAAGAGGAUAUCCGCAAAUGGUUUGGAGAACUCCAGAAACCCGAACAACCCUCCAGCGCAACGGUUGUUGGUGAAGAAGAUGGAACAGGAAUAUGUAAGGGAAUAUCCCCGACAGAAACCGGAUAUGUCAAGGAACUACCUGCAAGCUGAGAGAGAAAACGGAACCACUAACCAGCCACGAUUACUCGUCCAACAACAACAACAACAACAACUACCAGCACUGGGACAACAACAACAAUUCCCGGGACAGAAUUCGACGAGUAUUCCUUACAAUUGUGGAAACGUGAUGUCGUUCAAGUUCGAUGGAAAUUAUCCUCAGCACUAUCAGCAGAUGCAGCAAUAUUAUCAGAACACGAAAAAUUUACUGAGAAACAACGGCGAAGGCGAUGUUGGUUCGAGUCAGGGAACAGAGCAAAAUAAGGGAAGCUUCGAUCACGCUGGUGGCGACGCUAGUCAUGGCAACAUGACUAGUUCGAUGAACGGACAAAUCACGGAAAGCAAGAUGCUACCAGAGAAGGUGUAUUACAGCCAACCGGAUAUUCACGAAUCGAAAACCAUCGGUGGCGUGAGAUACUUGGCCAGAAAGCCGGAUUACCUGUUCAAUCAGCAGAUCAUGAUACCGGAAACUUUGAUCGCGAACAGGCACGCGCAAAUCCCGAUGAUGAAUUAACGAUACAAACCUUUGAGAUUGUUUUUAUAGUCUGAUCUUGUUUU